AUGCGAAACGGAGUAGCUGGCGUCGCGGCUGCCGGCGUCGGUGGCGAGGAGGUUCUCGGGAGAAUCCAUAAUGCCCUCGGAAUUGUGCACAGUCCGCACUCGACCAACCUGUCUCGGCAAGACGCCCAGCAUUUUCUCGAGCAUAUCAAGACACUAUCCGAAGCACCGUCCCACGGCUUCGCCCUUGCCUCCAACAAGGCUCAGUCGCCCAUCGUACGCCACUACGGCCUAUCGAUUCUUGAGCAUUCUGUGAAACACAAGUGGGCAGAAUAUGGUGAACAAGAACGGCAAUGUAUUCGAUCCUGGGUCCUGGAGCUGUCCGAGAACGUUUCCAGGGAGGAUCCAUCGUAUUUGAGGAGCAAGAUUGCCCAGCUCUGGGUGGAAAUAUCCAAACGGUGCUGGGCCGAUGACUGGAUGGAUAUGGAUGAACUGUUGGUGCGGCUUUGGGAAGUGCCAAACUCCCCGGUCCACAAAGAGUUCGUCCUCCAAAUUCUCGAGAUACUCUCCGACGAAAUCUUCAACGGGGAGGACUCGGUGGUUGCUAUGCGACUAGGGGAACUGAGCAAGGCCUGCGUUGAGAUCUUCACAUCUGCAGCUGUACUUGUCGAGUCUUAUCCAAACCGGCAGCCCAAACCGAAAGUACGCUUUGGAGAGGAGGGCUGGAUCGGCAGAGUAACACGACUGGUCAGCGAAUGUCUCAGUAGGGAUCUCGAGCAAAACGAGGAUGUUGGCGCGUGUUCGGUGCGGGCUCUCGCAGUUCUCAACUCUGUCCUGCCCUGGGCAAUUCCAAACGCGAUACACGCCGCGGGUUGUCGCGCCGUCAUAUGCAGUUGUCUUGCAGUACUCAACGUACCAAUCCGAAAGGCUGCUUUGGAGGCACUUCAUUCUCUCUACUCCCGGUCAAACUUCACUACCAAUGAGUUUGUUGAUCUUGUUGUACCAAUGUACAGCAAUGAUCUCGUGGAUCUCUGUCGGCGGCUCUUUGAGUGGUCAGCCGUUGAUGCCCAAGACAUCGACGAUGACAAGUACCAAUUCGCCAAAAAGUUUUCUGAAAUGCUGUCCUGCCUUGGGAACUACCUAGACCGCAAGUUCGCCGCAAUACCGCCCCAGACCAACGCUCAAGGGUUCUUGGAGCUGUUGAUGUUCGUGGUACAAAGUCAGAGUCUUGUCGUGUCAAUCCCCGUGUUGGUUACCUGGACACGACUUCUGAAUCACAAGGCCCUGGGACCGGCGGCUGCCAACACUCCGCUUGUCGUUACUCUUUUGGAACUGUGUAGCACUCGCUUGAUACGUUUUGAGAACCUUCCAGAAGACAAUGAAGAUCCGACAUACCUUCUCCUUGUCGAAGACACAGAUACCAUACCCGAGCGUCAUGCAUUUCUUGGUAAUUACCGGCGGUAUAGCACUCAAAUCAUCGAAAGCAUUGUCCAGCUCAAGCUGUCCGAGUCGUUCUCUCAUAUCCUCGAUCGGGCCGAAAACGCGUUGCAGACGCUAUAUGACGGGCAGCCUUGUCUUGACGCCGCGAACUAUUCAAAGAACUCCAUGGCUGUGCUAAAAGUCGACACCCACGCUACAGUUAUAGAAGCGGCGCUCAAGGGCUAUAUUAAGUGGAGGUCGACUCAUACCCAGGAUCCCGAGGAUAAAGCGGAGGCAAUUGAGGUGUUCUUCCAAAAAUGGUGCAAUCAGCUCUUGGAGAUCAACUUUGAGGACCCAAUGAUCCGGAAACGGCUCCUCCAGCUCCUUGUGGCCUUUUCAACCACAGCCCUAGAUACGAAUGCCGCCUUCAUGCUUAGAGUUCUUGAGCACAUUCUCAUGACCUGGCCGGCGCUACAGCCUGACCACCGGCUUUUCAACGACGCCAUUCGAGAACUACAAACAGAGAGCAUGGUUGAACUGCAGAGGCUCGCUUCAAAAAUGCCCAAUCACCUCUUGGGGGUCUACGACCGACUCGAAGAGAAGGUGAAUGAGAUGAUUGCGUCAGGUACUCUGGAUGAGAAACGUCAAGUCGCCUAUCAAAGUUUUCUCUUCAUCAUCAUUCAUCGAGCUACUAGCAUUGAUCAGGGGAUCAGGAUGACGCGCCUGGCAACCUUCAUCGAUCCUGUCAAAAACCAGUGGAAAGUCGAAUCUCUCAAACAAGCCUUGAAUUCCUAUCAAGGCUUCUGCGAGCUUGUUGGGCUAGACAAGGUGCAAAAGUACCUUGCCGAUCGACGCAUCCACGAAAUCAACGAUUGGGGUUCGACCGAUUUGGAUGCGGAAGGUUUGGCACUACAAAAUGAGAUGGAGCAAAGGCAGUCGUUGCUGCCGUUGCGCCUAACCAAGUCUUUCUUGACAUAUUCGGUAGAAAAGCUGGAAAAGAACUCACCCCCGUACCUUGCUUCUUGCGCAUUGUGGCAGGACGGGUUUUCCCUUAUUCUACCCGAGCUGCUCAAAUUCCUGAGCUACGCGCAUGCAUGCCAUGACCCAAAGAACUGGAACUUGCUUCCAGUGGAAAUGCGGUCCGUGGUAGGCAGAGUUUUGACCGAUCGCUUCUGGCAGGCCGGUAUAUCUGAAGGCAGCAAGGAUGACUUCUAUGCCAGAGUACUCGACAAAAAGAACACCCUCGAAGGUCUUGCCUCUACCAUACGUGGAUCGGUUCGGUUCGUACGCGAAACCUGCUACGCUAUCGUAUACUGCAUGAGCCGGCUGGAUUUGCAGUUUUACGGGUUUGUCGAGCUGCCGGGGCCUCUGGCCAAUGCCUUGUUUCGAGACUCUUUCAGCCUGUCGACACAUCAGAUCAUCAAUCUCCUCAACUUAGUGAGAUAUCUAGUUGAUCACUGUCCAGUGGGGCUGAGGGAACACUUUUUGCCGCCCAUCCUAGCCACAUGCUUCCAACAAAUGGAUGCUAAGAUCAGCUCCGAAUGGGAGAAGCUAGGACAGCAAGAGGAAGUACGAGCAGUCGCCGAGGAACUGACCGAGGAGAUGAAGGCUGAGAGCAUAUUACGCCAGCUCACAUACUCAGCUGUGAUUAUGGUGGCUGACUUUCUCGAUCCAGCGAGGCCAUUACCCCUGUCGGAUGCCUCAAGCAAAACUGGCGAGGGCGCGAAGUACCCCUCGCUGCGAAGAUUUUGCUUGAUGAACGCAUCCAUUAUCGGACCGCUCUUGACCUUCUGUAGCCACGCAAUUCGCAUGCAUGAUGGUAGGUGCUGCGGCGUGGUGCUGCGGGUCUUCCGGUCAAUCGUCCCUGAAUUCAAUCAUGAACCCACAAAAUCCCAAAGGGAAUCAGAAAUUGGCGCGCUUCCCGAAGACGGCUUUCUGAUUCCCGAAGGGAAUGCUAGCGAGAUCCGCGAAUUCAUCUCAACCGAUGUUCUGAAGGCCGCAAUUUCUUCGCUGCACGACCCCUACUUCGUUGAAUCCCAGAAAGAGCUGGGGUCUCUGAUCGCUGCAAUCCUUACGGAGUAUUCCCUCGUCUCGGCCACACCUCGAAAUAUACUCACUUCGCUGCCUAAUAUGAGGCCUGGUGACGUGGAUCAGGCGAUAAAUCAGUUAUGUCGGUCCAGCCUGCACCCUCGACAGCAACGGGCAAUUGUCUUGGACCUUCUGAAGGAUCUGAAGGGUGUCAGCAUCUCAGAGAUGGGCAAGAUCAAUAAGAACCUAGACGUCAAGCCUAGCUCGCGGUCUGGAAGAAAGUCUUCACGGAGCAAGAUGGCCCAAGAGUUCAUGACGAACAAUCCGGCCCCGUCUGAUGGAACCGCUGAUGCCGGCGUAUCUGCUGCUCGCAAUAAGAGUCCAGAUCUUGAGGGGGUAGCUAAUAUGUUUAACGAAGCUGGCUAA